AAAAAGGAAUUUUCUCCCCAAACUCUAAAAUUAUCAUCUUCUUCUCCCCACAUUUCCCUCAUCUUUGCCACUUCACUCUCUCAUUUCAGCCAUUAAUUGAAAGGAAGCUCAAUUCACUAUUGUAUUACAACCCUCUUCUUAUGCCUCUAAAAGGGUCCAAUUAAAGCCAACUAUAAAAGGAUUUCGUACACGCUGGACUUUGUGUUGGAGCAUACCAGUAAUUGUCUUUUCAUUUUAGUUGAAAACUAUUAGAAGUUGGAUCAGCUGCCUCUUUGGGAAUUACCCUUUGUACCCAUUACGAUUGACCUUUUUAGAUAAAAAUAUCUCCCUUACAGCUGGUGAUGAAUAUAAACUUAUAGUUCCUUCAUUUUUUGAUAUCUUGAAUGGCUGGAUCUUUGUUGCCAGUGGGUAAGGCAGUCCUACGUUCCAGCGAACCUUCCAAAUGUUAUAUGUUCAAUGCUGAUCUCCAGCAUCCGAAGUCAAUUCCAAUUCUCCCUCCAUAUAAGAAAAGAGUCAAACAGAAUAAUACUUUGAACAAGUCAGUGCUCCUAAGUCCAUUAGUUUGCCAAUACCGGUUAAAACCAGUUUCGGCGCUUGACUCAGAUGUUCCCUAUCCUAUUGAACAGAGUUCAGAAGGUUUAAAGAGCAGCGAGAGCUUGCAAUGGGAUUCAUUGACUGCAAAAUUUGCAGGAGCUGCAAAUAUUCCGUUUCUCAUAUUACAACUGUCUCAAAUAAUACUGAAUGCUCGUAACCUUCUAGCAGGAAAUCAAGCUGCAUUAUUUGCAGUUCCAUGGCUGGUAUGGCAUUCUGCUUCUAUUGUAGCUACUUAUAGCUGUGGUCUUAUUAAUGUUGAGAGAUAAAUAAUCUGAGAUGAACAUAAUACAAGGGAUGUUCACUGGAUUACUUGGUAAUUUGUCUUUGCUAUCAUACUUUAUAAAGAAGAGGGAGACGGAAGUGGUUGUUGUGCAAACUUUGGGUGUCGUGACCAUUUAUGUUGUGAUAUCACAAUUAGCCAUGGCUGGAUCUAUGCCUUUGCCUCAUUAUGCAGUCACUUAUGUUGUUAUUGCGUGUGGUCUUGUUGUGAACUUCAUGAACUACUUCCACUUGCUCAAUCCCGUAAUCUGGCGUUACUGGGAGGAUUUCAUUACUAUUGCUGGCUUAUCUGCGCUUCCCCAAGUCAUGUAGUCAACUUUCAUCCCAUAUGUUCCAAAUACCAUCUUGCCUGGUGCUGUGGCUUUUGUUCUGGCUAUCUUAGCUGUCUUUAUGUCUCGGACUGGGAAACUUCCAGAGAAGGGCAUCAAAUUUGUAGGAUCAUUAUCUGGAUGGAAAUUGAUAUAAGCUGUGAUAAUCUUCCUAUUUCAGCGUUGAAACCGAGAUCCAAAAUCCUCAGAGGCGACGACAAAUUUCACAUAGAAGCUGUAAUUUCACCCGUAAGGUUGCAAUUUGAGAGGACUAGCACUUCAAGGAAUGAACUUGUUUUAUGAGAAGGUUUAUAAGUAGCACAUUUAUGAGAAGGUUUAAGUAGCACAUAUAUGUAAAAUAUGAGAUAAGGUUUAAGGCUUGUAAUGCUGAUUUCAUUGAUAACUAGAAAUUAUUUUGAAAGACAGACUGUUUCUUAGAAUCCAUGUAACACAUUUUGUAUUCUUUUCUAGGAAUUAUUUUACCUUUUAAGAGAUUUAUACAAUAAUAGUAAAUAGAGAAGUACUGAAGACA